CUUCCCAUACACCAGGACCACACACUCAUAGAAGACUACGGUUACGAGACAACUGCCAACAAAUACCCAAGAAAUUGUCGACGCUCACAAAGUCGCCAAAGGUCAACAUCGCUUUACACUGUCGCGAAAAUAACCAACACAACAUGCGCCAUUAGCCCUCCACGUUCCAGAGACUUCAAUGCGAUGCCCACGCCUCAAGCCGACAUACAAAUUGCAGUCUCGUUUGUUGGCGCAGGUCAAUCAUGUACCUACCACGUGAACUGAUUUCUCAGCUUUACACGAACCUUGUCCGCUCUCAUCAUCCUCUCUCCCCUCCAGCCCUCCUCCUCGUGGCACUGGAACCGGACGCAUUAUGUGCUUGUCGGAUCCUUACUUCGCUGUUCAAGCGCGACUACAUACCUCACAAGAUUCAGCCAGUCUCAGGAUAUGCAGAUCUGGCAAGAGCUGGGGAGGACCUCAUACGGCCUAUGAAGACGACAGAGGGCGGCAGCGGCGGUGUGGUCAUCUGUCUCGGAGUGGGAGGUCUAGUAGACCUGGGAAGCCUGCUUGGCUUGGAGGAUGAAAACUCCUCUGAAGCAAUGUGUGGUGUUGAGGUCUGGGUCUUGGAUGCGAGACGCCCGUGGAACCUCUCAAACGUGUUUGGUGGGCUUCCCGUGGACACACAAACUGCCGAGACAGACAUAGCCACGAGGAGGACACCAGGCGUCGACAAAGGCUGUAUUCAAAAAUCAUACAGGCCAGGGAAAGGCGGGAUAAUUGUCUUUGACGAUGGAGACAUUGUCGCCGAACUCGGCGCCGAAAGAGAGGCAUACUGCACGCUGUCCUCUAUGCCGGACGUGGACGAAGACGAGAGUGAUGACGAAGAUUCCGAAGACGGAGAUGAAGAUAACCAAGAUACUUCCUCUUCCAAGAAAAGGAAAUCUUGGUCUGAUCGAGACAAUGAGGGCGAGGAAAGUGAAAUGGACGAAGAGAGGCCACGCCAGAGACGAAGAAGUAAUUCAGGGUCCUCUAUUGCCUCCACUCCCCGGAGCAGGAGUCCUUCCUCUUCUCAAUUGACUUCACCAGUCUCGAAACCUCAAUCACCAAGGUUGCAGACAGCAAAACAACUCCGCAAACGAUUACGAAAACUCCGAGAGAAGCACGAGCGAGUGCUUCAAGAGUACAACAGCCUGGGUACGUCGUAUUCCGAGCCCAUUGCCACAAUGGCAUAUUCUUUGGCCACAGACCUGGGCCGAGAAGACAACGAUCUUCUUUGGCUUGCCAUCAUCGGCGUCACGUCUUUGGAACUCUAUGGCCACACCUCAACUGGUCUGGGGACUUCGGUCUCUCCCAUGAACACACACGAACAUCACAGGUCCUGGCGGUCCACACGAUCUUCCCAGACGUAUGCUUUGCUCCGUGACGAAGUCCGCCGUCUCAAUCCUCCCCCGGCAGACCAGUCACCUACGAUAUCACCGACUGCUGGUGGCACGAGCUCACCUAGCGACACGUCUAUUCGCCUAACACCAGACCCCCGAUUCCUACUAUUGCGACACUGGUCCUUGUAUGACAGCAUGCUCCAUUCUCCUUACCUCGCAUCACGGCUUCACGUCUGGAACGAGUCCGGCGUCAAGUACCUACACAAGCUGCUCGCCAAAAUGGGAGUCAGCCUCACUCAGUGCAAACAAACAUACACACAUAUGGACAUGGACCUGAAGAAGACGUUGCGUGAACGCCUGCUGAAGUACGCUGGCGUGUAUGGGCUUGAUGACCUUGUUCCAUCUGGAUCUGGUCGCGCCUCAUAUGAGCAAGAGGGGUGGGGAUUCAUCCGCUCAUGGGGCUGGAAAGCCCAACUCUCGGCAGUGGACGUGGGUGUUAUCCUCGGCGCUAUACUCGAUGUUGGUACAAGCCAUGCCCCAGCCCCGUCGGCUUCAGCGCCUCAGAAUGGUUCAUCGCAACGGACGAAUACAGCAGACGAUGUGCCCGAUCGAUCCGAGGCGUUGUUACCGCGGUUCUUUGCGGCAUACGAUGCACUCGCACCCAACCAUCCCAGCCAUCUCUUGACUGCAAUUCCGAUAGCGCAGCAUCUUUUGAGGUCUAUUCUGCGAACCGGCUCGUCGCUGAUGGUCAAGCACCAGAUCCGCCAUCUGCGUGCAUUCAGGAUGGGCGUGGUCAAAGAUGGACCUGACCUUGCCCUGUUCGCAAAUAGUCCUGGUGCGCUGGUAAAGUUGGCGCUGUGGGUUGGUGAGGCCGUUGCUGUCAAAGAGAAGGAUAAGAAGGGUAGUGAGGCCCCAACACCAUUGGUUCUUGCGGCCCUAGACGAAGUCCGCGGCACGUAUGUUGUUGUCGGUACGGGAGGGGGCAUCGGAGGCUCUGAGGAUCUUGAAGCCCGCAAAGAGAAGGCUGAGCGGAAAGUUAAACGCGAGGAAGCAAAGGAGGCAAAGAGGAAAAUUAGAGAGGAGAAAAGGGCGGCGAGGAAGGCAGCGAGGGAGCUGAACGGGGAUGACGUCGACGACGAAGAUGCGGAUAGCGAUAGCAGUGAGGAAGAAGAUGAGAGUGAAGAUGAGAGCGACGAGGAGGAUGAGGAAGAAUUGGCAAGACGCAAGAAACGAGGCUACGGACACAAUCGAUUCGGCAUUGCGUUUCAAGAGGUGGUGGAGGAGACGAAUGCAAGGGUCAAGAUUGAUAGUUUUGACCAUUGUAUCGUCGAAGUCAAGAAAGAGGAUCUAGGCGGCUUCUUGGAAGGGUUGAGUCUGAAGGCCGUCGUGGGAAGAUGAUGACAUGAACACGAAGUAGGGAAGGAAAGUCUGAGUGUCGACCGUGAUGUCUAUUUUCUUGGAUAUGUUUGCGAUCGCUUUUUGCCUGGACUUUCACUGAAAAAAGGGAGCAUGGGAGUAUAUUUCGCUUUUGCGAAGUGCAUUGAACCCGAAAGCCUGCAUUAUUUUUGAGCCCCGUUCUACUGCUCUAUUUGUUUUGCCGCAUUGGUGGCAUCGCGAGAUAAGAC